GCUCCAUAACGCCCUUGCAAGCCCUUUUUGUUGGCUGACCGUAUAUUGCAAUCUAUCUGCUGCUCUGUAUAAAAUCUGACUGGGCGUACCCUUCCUCCAAAUCAACCCGAGCAAGAUCCAUUUGUCGGCGCUAGCUAACCCAUAAAGUCUUCAUCGCCAAAUCGUUGUUUAUCGAAGACGGUUCAUGGCGAGCCCCACCAGCCGAACACCCCCAACCAGUGCAAACCCUUCUACCCAGCCCCAAUCUCGGCCGCGAGAUUGGAAUAAGCUGCGAGGUGGAGAGACAGGAUCUACUUUUCGCGGUUCAGGGAGGGGCAGAGGUGCUCGUGGUGGUAGUGGAAGGGGUGGUGGUCGCCCUCCAAACAGCCCAGUAACCAGAGGCAGCAGCAAGCUUUCACACACAGAGCCCUCGGAGAGCCACGGUUCCCUCCCAGACGUGUCCACGCCUAAGGCCGAGCCUUCACCAGCUCGUAAGGGUUUUUCCCAGUCGGAAGCUACUAGUGCAACAUCGGAAAAAUCUGUUCCUAGUCCAGCUGACCGUACUCCAAAGCCUAAAACGCGUACUUCUCGCGGUGUUCCAGUUGUGACUGUAGCUCCAGUUUUUCCGGCUCCAGUUUCUGUGCACAACGUGCCUUCCACACCAAGUCGUCAUAAUGCUAGCCGACGUCGACGCACUAACACCAACCAACCUGCCAAGCCUUCCGUAAACGGUGCUACUAAGCCAAGUAUACCAUCGUCCACUUCACUACGUCCACAGAAGCCAAGGGCAGCAUCUUCUACUUCAUCAUCUAUCGCACCACAUAAAGAAAUCCCUCUCCAUCCGGCAGCUGUACACGAGGCUGAAAUUCGUCACGAUAUUGACGCAUUGGUCGAACGUGUCAGGGCAGUUGCAAUGGCUGAAAAUAGGCCUUCAACUCCUGGAAGCCAUAUCGAUUGGGCUGGUGACGAGGAUGACUCAUUGCCCGACCUUGAUGAUUGGGGUGUUACGACGACUCGGAACAAUAUCAGCGCAGAUGAAAUAAGUGAUAAGAUAUCACCCAUAUUGACAGAUGCGCUGAAGCCGCUGCCAGAACCUCAGACGGAAGGAGAUGAUGCUGAAGAUGAGGAAGAGGAGCAUAACAUGGAACCUUUAGGCAAUGAUGUUGAUGGCGAAAUCAACAAGGACUCGUCAGAUUCCUCACCCCUAUCUGAUACACCUGAUACCAUUGUCACGGCCACCGCAGAUGCGCAUGACUCUCCCGUCACCGUAGUCGCACCCGAAACUAUCACGCAUACUGAUAAGCCCUUGCUCCACCCAUCCAAGCCGGUUGUUGCAAGGGACAGCCUGUGUGCAAGUUCUGCACACUCCAACUUGAUACCCAAAUCAACGUUAAUCGUAGAUGGUGAAGAGCCACCUGCAACCAAGGGGGGAGGCCUUUCACAGUCUAUCCAUGCUCCCUCCCUUGCCGAGAUAGAAAUACUAGAAAAGACUCUCAGCUCUUCUUCCAGCGACCACGGCCUCGCUGGAUCCAUCCAUGCGCCCAAAGGCCUCCCGGAUUCCCACUCCGCUCCAUCGUUGCUGAGCCCGGGUACCCCCUCUCCUGCGCGCACAUAUAGUCCCUCACAUGGUCGAUCGAAGACAGAAGGCCGCCCCGCCUUUCCACAUCCCCGCACGGCGGCGAUAAAUCAGCGAGCCAUUCGUUCUGGUACAUCUUCGCCACUAGGCCCGCUUGUCCACGCGCAUGUGCGGAACCACUCGACACCUCCUGGAGGGGCGGGGCAGCGUGCCCCACAUAGCACUCGACCGGUCAUCACUGGAGAUGCCUUAUCUCGGCUGGCAAGAACGAUUGGCGGUAUACCAGGCAUGCCCCGUUCCCAAGGUGUCGCCGUCGCAAAAGACUAAAUGUUUCCACCAUCCCCGCCCAUUAUGUUACGAAUGCUCCAUCUCUUGCCCUGGUCUACGUGGUAUAUAUAUAUUUGCUCAUCGACAAUUGUACUUUCCGGUUUCUUGGUUGCACGUCGACCUCUCUGUUUCGCGAUUCUGUUGGAUAAUAAAAACUGCAACUAACUCUGUCUGCACAUAUAAUCACUACAUACCCUCCUACGCUCUUCGCUCUACGAUUCGCUGCUCCGUUCUCAUACCUGUACUGAUCUCGGGUGUAUGUACAAUACCUUACACGCAAUUAUUGACUGGUGCUGAGCGCUCAACUCUCAAUGGUUC